AUGGCUUGGAUGACUUACAUUUCACAUUGGUUUGAGCAAGAUGAUUGGUAUGAAGGACUACAAAGAGUGAACAUGUCCCAGGUAAGGCAGGUGGGACUGCUGGCCGCUGGGUGUCAGCCGUGGAACAGAGACGUGUGCGCUGCCAGUGGGGACAGGUUUGCAUACUGUGCUACCCUGGCCAUCUAUGUUUAUCAGUUGGAUCACCAUUAUAAUGAAUUCAAACUCCACGCAAUUAUGUCUGAACAUAAGAAAACAAUCACUGCUCUCUCUUGGUGUCCACAUAAUCCUGAUCUGUUUGCAAGUGGCAGUGCUGAUAAUUUAGUGAUCAUUUGGAAUGUUGCAGAACAAAAAGUCAUUGCUAAACUUGACAAUACGAAAGGGACGCCUGCCUCUCUUAGCUGGUGCUGGAAUGCUGGUGAUGCUGUGGCAUUUGCUUCCCACAGAGGCCCUCUGUUCAUCUGGACCAUCUCAGGACCAGACAGUGGGGUGACUGUGCACAAAGAUGCUCACAGCUUCCUGUCUGAUAUCUGCAUGUUCAGAUGGCAUACACAGAAAAAGGGGAAGGUUGCCUUUGGUCAUAUUGAUGGAAGUCUGUCAAUUUUUCAACCAGGUAAUAAAAGCCAGAAGCAUGUGCUGAGACCUGAAUCUCUUGAAGGGACAGAUGAAGAGGAUCCCGUGUCGGCCCUGGAGUGGGACCCGCUCUCUACCGACUAUCUGCUCGUGGCUAAUUUGCAUCAUGGACUUCGCCUGGUGGAUUCCGAGUCACUUUGUUGCAUCACGACCUUCAGUUUGCCCAGUGCAGCAGCGUCCGUGCAGUGUCUGGCCUGGGUUCCCAGUGCUCCUGGGAUGUUUGUAACUGGAGAUUCCCAAGUGGGUGUUUUACGCAUUUGGAAUGUUUCUAGAACAACACCUGUUGAUAAUUUUAAAUUAAAGAAAACAGGAUUUCACUGUUUACAUGUACUGAAUUCUCCUCCAAGGAAAAAAUUUUCAAACCAGUCCCCAACCAAAAAUCAUUACACAUCCUCCACCAGUGAAGCGGUCCCACCCCCAACUCUGACACAGAGUCAAGCGUUCUCUCUUCCUCCUGGUCACGCUGUGUGCUGUUUCUUGGAUGGUGGCGUUGGACUUUAUGAUAUGGGAGCCAAGAAGUGGGAUUUUCUUAGGGACUUGGGUCAUGUGGAAACUAUUUUUGACUGCAAAUUCAAGCCUGACAAUCCCAAUCUUUUAGCAACAGCUUCAUUUGAUGGCACCAUAAAAGUCUGGGAUAUAAACACAUUGACUGCGGUAUACACUUCCCCGGGGAAUGAAGGGGUUAUUUAUUCCCUUUCAUGGGCUCCAGGUGAUUUAAAUUGUAUUGCUGGAGCAACUUCCCGAAACGGUGCUUUUAUUUGGGAUAUUAAAAAGGGCAAAAUGGUACAACGAUUUAAUGAGCAUGGAAAAAAUGGGAUAUUCUGCAUUGCCUGGAGUCAUAAAGAUUCCAAAAGAAUAGCAACCUGCAGUGGUGAUGGUUACUGUAUAAUUCGAACAAUUGAUGGUAAAAUACUACACAAAUAUAGACAUCCAGCUGCAGUAUUUGGCUGUGAUUGGAGCCAAAACAACAAAGACAUGAUAGCCACGGGCUGUGAAGACAAAAAUGUUCGUGUCUAUUACGUGGCCACCAGCUCGGACCAACCACUGAAGGUGUUCAGCGGGCACACGGAGAAAGUGUUCCAUGUGAGAUGGUCUCCUCUGAGGGAAGGGACUCUCUGCAGCGGCUCUGAUGAUGGUUCUGUUCGAAUCUGGGAUUACACUCAAGAUGCGUGCAUAAAUAUUCUUAGUGGACACACGGCGCCUGUGAGGGGACUGAUGUGGAAUCCUGAGAUCCCAUACCUGCUAAUAUCUGGCAGCUGGGACUGUACUAUAAAAGUGUGGGACACACGAGAAGGAAUAUGUUUGGAUACUGUGUGUGAUCAUGGUGCAGAUGUGUACGGUCUAACAUGCCACCCACGCCGCCCCUUCACAGUGGCCUCCUGCUCCCGGGACUCUACAGUGAGACUCUGGUCACUAACGCCAUUAAUAACUCCUUUACAAAUAAAUAUUCUGGCAGACAGAUCCUGGGAAGAAAUCAUUGGGAACACAGAUUCUGCCAUAGAGCAGGGCGCGCCCCCACUGCUGUGUGGCAAAGUGUCAAGAGAUAUCAAACAGGAGAUAGAGAAACUAAGUGGAAACCUUCGCGUGAAAAAACUCAGAUGGUUUUCAGAAUGUUUAUCCCCUCCAGGUGGCAGUGACAAUUUAUGGACCUUAGUUGCAGUGAUAAAAGGGCAAGAUGAUAGCUUACUCCCUCAGAACUACUGCAAAGGAAUAAUGCACUUGAAACAUCUGAUUAAAUUCAGAACGUCUGAAGCCCAAGAACUCACCACAGUGAAGAUGUCGAAGUUUGGUGGUGGCAUUGGUGCCCCUACCAAAGAGGAAAGACUGAAGGAAGCUGCCCAGAUACACUUGCGGCUGGGACAGAUUCAGAGAUACUGUGAGCUGAUGGUUGAACUUGGAGAGUGGGACAAAGCCUUGUCAGUUGCGCCAAGUGUGUCUGUGAAAUACUGGAAGAAGCUGAUGCAGAGGAGAGCUGAUCAGUUAAUCCAGGAAGAUAAGGAUGACGUCGUUCCGUACUGCAUAGCCAUUGGUGAUGUGAAAAAAUUGGUCCAUUUUUUUAUGUCAAGAGGUCAGCUUAAAGAAGCUCUGCUUGUCGCACAGGCUGCUUGUGAGGGGAAUAUGCAGACCUUCCAUGUUUCGACACCCAAAGGACCUUCUUUUUCUGAUGAUAACUACAAGGAAGACUUUAACGAACUGCUGCAGGAAGCCUGCAGAGAGCUGGCAGAAUGGUAUUUUCAGGAUGGCCGAGCAGUUCUAGCUGCCUGUUGCCACCUGGCUGUGGACAAUAUCGAGCUGGCUAUGGCGUACCUGAUUCGUGGAAACGAGCUGGAGCUGGCUGUCUGUGUGGGCACCGUGCUGGGAGAGCCUGCAGCACCCGCAACCCACUAUGCCCUGGAGUUACUGGCGAGGAAGUGCAUGAUGAUCCCCGCGUGCUUUCCAUCCGUUGGAUACAGGAAUCUGGCGGCUGACCUUCUCCUCAUGACUCCGGACAGUGAACUACAGUUAGUCAGACUCUGCGCUUUCUACCCAGGGUGUAUGGAAGAGAGAAACGACCUUCAUGGGAAGUGCAAGCUGCCCACAGUAGAAGAAUGUAUGCAGUUAGCUGAGACAGCCCAUGCCGAUGGCAGAAUAUUUGAAACUAUAAAGUAUUACUUGCUAAGUCAAGAACCUGAAAAAGCCCUUCCUGUUGGUAUUGACUUCAUCAAAGAACACAUCAGUAGUUCAGAUUGGACUUUGGACACCAUUUACCCUGUUCUUGACCUGUUGAGUUAUAUUCGUACUGAAAAAUUGGUCUUGCAUACAUGUACUGAAGCUCGAAAUGAGUUGCUGAUAUUAUGUGGGUACGUUGGCGCAUUACUGGCUAUCAGAAGGCAAUAUCAAAGCAUCGUUCCAGCACUGUAUGAGUACACGAGUCAGCUGUUAAAACGGCGGAGGGUGUCAGUGCCUUUAAAAAUGGAACACCUUUCUGAGGAACUGGACGCAUGGAGAGCUUGCACACAGAUUGUCAACCCAUCAUCAGAAGACUCUCCAUAUACACCCCCUUCUGAUUCACAAAGACUGGUUUAUGCAACUUUACUGAAGAGACUAAAGGAAGAACCACUCAGAGGAAUUGUUGGACCAGAUUAUGUGACUGGGUCGAAUCUUCCCAGUCAUUCCGACAUUCACAUCUCUUGUCUUACGGGAUUGAAAAUCCAGGGUCCUGUAUUUUUCCUUGAAGAUGGGAAAUCCACCAUCUCCUUGAAUGACGCUCUCAUGUGGGCAAAGGUGAACCCAUUCUCACCUCUAGGGACUGGAAUACGACUCAACCCAUUUUGA